AUGAAAUAUCAAUUAGUGGUUGAAGUACAUCAACUCAGGCAAGAACCAGGGCAAUCCAUCAAUGACUACUAUGAUCAGCUUCGCUUCAUUUGGGACCAAAUUGACCUUUCUGAUCCAACUUGGGCAUGCUUAAAGGAUGCUCAGCAAUAUGCUUCCAUUAGAGAUGAAUUUUGCCUCUAUGAAUUCCUGAUGUCACUUCACAAGGACUUUGAGCCCAUUCGAGGUCAGCUUCUAAAUCGCAGUCCUCCUCCCUCUCUUGAUACUGCUGUGAACGAGUUGCAAUCAGGCGAUUCCUCUGGCUCUAGCAAUCGUCGCAAGCAGACCAACAAAAAGUUCUGCAACUAUUGCAAGCGUCCUGGCCACACCAUUAAGACUUGUUACCGUUGCAACAAAUCUACUGCUGUUGUUGCUAGUACUGAGCCUACUCCACCGAUGGCUUCCAUUUCAACUGAAUCCCAGUCUUCUGGAUCCACUAUCAACCUCUCCCCCACUGAACUACAGGAGAUCAUAGCUCAGGCUAUUCGUAUGGCUGAUAAUGCAUCUCUUUCCACUGCUCUCUCAGUUCUACCCGUUUCUUCCUUACCAUCUCUCACAUUUUGGCAUUCUCGUCUUGGUUAUGCACCAUCUUCUCGGGUACAACAGUUAGCUUCUAAGGGUCUGUUGGGUUCUGUGUCCAAAGAAAAUUUUGAUUAUACUUCAUGUCAAUUAGGAAAACAGCCAGCUUUGCCUUUCAAUAACAAUGAAUCCAUUUCUAAUAGUAUUUUUGAGUUAAUUCAUUCUGAUUUGGAUCUUUCCAAUGAAAUCUCGUUCUGA